AUGAAUCAAAUCUCUCAAUUCUUCAAGCGUUCUGCAUCACAGCCUGAAAUCUAUCCUCUUUUUGUCAUUCUCGGUGGCGCUCUUACUGGCAUUGUCUUCAUGAGUUCACAUCAAGCUCGUGCUCCUGAUGUCGUCUGGAAUCACAAAACCAAUGCUGAGCCAUGGCAGCAUGUCAAGGAUGGCGAACAAGUCAAGUUGGCUGCUUUCAACCAAAAGUAUGAAGGCAAAUAUACUCGCAAAGAAUGGUAA